AUGUCUGGCUUCGGUGCGCCGGGUGGUGGCGCCGCCAACUACAAACCGACACCUCCAGAGCGCGGUUCUUUUCCACUUGAUCACGAUGCGGAAUGCAAGCACGUCAUCUCCUCCUAUCUACGAUGUUUGAGGAGGCAAAACCCUCCUGGAAGGAACAAUGAAGAGUGUCGCCUACUGGCGAAGGAAUAUCUGGGAUGCCGCAUGGAGAAAGGCCUCAUGGCAAAAGACGAGUGGUCGAAUUUGGGAUUGGAGUUUGGCAAAACAGCGACAGGAGACUCGAACGUUGCGAACACUGCGGAUGCGUCUGGUAGUGAUAUGAAAAAGAGUUGA